GCACGCUGUUUUUGUUUAUAUGGAAACACAUUAAAUAUUUUAAAAUAUCAUGAAAAUAUCGAGAUUUAAGAAGUCCCAUAAAACCCUGGUGUUUUUCGCCACAAAUUUCGAUUACCGGGAACCCUACCAAGUGCUCAUUGAUGCCACCUUUUGCCAGGCAGCUCUGCAGCAAAAAAUUGGCAUAGAUGAGCAGAUUAAAAAGUACUUUCAGUGCGGUGUCAAACUGCUGACCACACAGUGCGUUAUCCUGGAGGCAGAAUCCUUGGGAGCUCCUCUCACCGGAGCCACUUCGAUCGUCAAGCGAUUCCAUGUCCACAAAUGCGGACACGAGGGAAAACCAGUGGCUGCCGCCGAAUGCAUAAAAUCUAUGACCAAAGACAAUCGCUACGUCGUAGCCUCGCAGGAUCGUCUGCUGCAAGAGAGUCUUCGCAAGAUUCCCGGACGUUGUCUACUGUAUCUACACAAAGCCACCCCCGUUUUGGAAGCCCCAUCCAAAGCCUCCAAAAAGUGGGUACAACGACGUGCCAAAAACUUGAUGCUGGGCAAACAGGUCGAGAAAAUCGACUAUAUGAAGGAGAAGCAGGGCCUAAAGCCAGCUGAAAAUGAGAUCAAACCCAAGAAGCACAAAGGACCCAAGAACCCCAAUCCACUAUCCUGCAAGAAGAGUAAAAAGGAAAGGGAAAAACCACAGCUCAAAGGAGUCGAGCAGACCACAAUAACCAAGGCGAAACGAAAACGCGUCAAGAUACCCGCUCAUGUCAAGGCGGCGUUGAAAAAAGAUUAGAUUAAAUUUGGUUUAACGAGUAAAUAAAUAUAUGAUA